CACAUGAUCCCUCUAAUGUCAGAGCAUCUCUCUCUCUCUCUCUCUCUCUCUCUCUUCUCUUUUAGCUUUUCUUCUUUACUUAUUUUUGCCUUUGUUCUUUGCAAGAAGUUACCCUCCUUCUUUAUCCCAUUUUCCCUUUAUUCCCUGGAUUCUCCUUGUGUGUUCAUAAACAAUAUUAAUUCCUUCACUCAUCUCUGAUCUCAAACCCCAACAACACAGUUUUUUUUUUCUUGUUUGUUUUCCACAUGAUAUGAUCAAAGUUUAAGUUUCAUUGGAAGAGAAGAGAAGAAAAAAAUGCCAUCUCCCGGUUCAGAAGUAAGUGGGGUUGUUGAUUGCAAGCCUCACAGCUACUCUAUGUUGCUGAAAUCAUUUGUGUCAUCAGAUCAUCAGAUGCCUCAUCUUCCUCCUCAACAUCACUACAACCAGAACCAGCUUGAAGAUUUGCUCUCUAGACUUGAAGGAGAGAGACUCAAAAUUGAUGCUUUCAAACGUGAACUUCCUCUUUGCAUGCAACUUUUAACCAAUGCUUUGGAGACUUCUAGGCAGCAGCUCCAAGGCUGCAGAGCAAACAACAACAACAAUAAUCAAAGUGGAACAAAACCAAUUCUUGAAGAGUUCAUUCCCAUAAAACAAUCAACCUCAGAAGGCUCAGAAACCAUAUCAAACAUUUCUGAUAAGGCAAAUUGGAUGACAUCUGCCCAACUUUGGAGCCAAGCAACAACAACAACAACACCAAAUGAUGAAACGAAACCAAAUCUUUCCUCUUCAAAAGAAGCCAACAAGAACAAUUCUGAAGAAGUUGGUUUCGAUUUGGGUAAUUUUGAAGCAAAACUUCAUAGAAAUAACAACAAUAAUAAUGGGAUUAUUGGUGGAGCUUUUCUUCCAUUCUCAAAAGAUAGAAAUUUGUGCAACACCCAAAAUUCUACAACUAUUGCCACCACUGCUCAGCUCCCGGAUUUGGCCCUCGCCGCCGCCGGCUGUGGAGAUCAAGAAAUUAACGAGUGUGUUAAUUCCGAUCAUCACCAGCCGGAAAAUAAUAAUUUGCUGGCCGCCGGCGAGGGGCAGACGACGAGUAAUAAUAUUUCGACUCCGGCGGCGAAUAAUAACAAUAACAACUCCACAAAUCAGACUCACCGGAAGGCUAGGAGGUGCUGGUCGCCGGAUUUGCACAGGAGAUUUGUUAAUGCUCUUCAAAUGCUUGGUGGUUCCCAAGUUGCCACCCCAAAGCAGAUCAGGGAGCUGAUGAAGGUUGACGGUUUGACCAAUGAUGAGGUUAAAAGCCAUUUGCAGAAAUACAGGUUGCACACAAGAAGGCCUAGUCCAAGCCCACAAGCCGCCGGAGCUCCGGCGCCGCAGCUAGUCGUCUUAGGAGGCAUCUGGGUUCCACCGGAGUACGCCACGGCGGCGGCGGCGGCGGCGCACGGCGGAGCUCCCGCCCUCUACGGCCCACACCCAACUUCCUACUGUGCACCACCGGUGCACCAAGAUUUCUAUCCACCGGCGCCGGCGCUGCCGCACCACCAGCUCCACCAGCAGUUGCACAUGUACAAGGCCGCCGCCGCCCAGGCCCAAAGCUCGCCGGAAUCCGAUGGACGGGGAAACGGAGACCGCUCCGAGAGCAUUGAGGACGGCGGCAAGUCGGAAAGCGGCAGCUGGAAAGCUGAGAGCGGCGGCGGAGGAGAGAGAAAGGGGAACUUGGCGGCGCUGAGGCAAGAGGGAGAGGAAAGCAAUGGAAGUGAAAUUACACUCAAAUUCUGAGGCUAAUUGAGUAAUUAUCAUGUGAUUAGGCUUUUAGACUAAUUAAUUUUAAGAGUUUAAUUAGAAUUAUAUAUUAGAGAGAGAGAGUCUUUUUUUUCCUUCUCUUUUUAAUUCUAUGUGAUUUUCAUAUCUAAUUAAUUCUUAUUUAACUUUUGGACCAAAAAUAUUUGAUGAUAUACUAAAGAAAGUGUAAACGGGAGUAUAAUAUAAAAAUAAAAGCGCCCUGAGUGUUUGUUCUC